AUGAGUCGUAAAUGUGGUAAAAAAUUGUGCACAUCGUUGGGACAACGUAUUAUUGGUGGUUCUUUUGUUGAAAAGUAUUCAUGGCCAUGGCAUGUUGCAAUACUUGGGCCUGACAAUAUGUAUGGUGGAACUCGAAUUGAUGCACGACAUGUUCUCACAGCAGCACAUUGUACCACGUCAAUAAAAGACUAUUCAGCUAUCGCCAGCUUACAUGAUAUCACAGAGCAAUAA